CCCCCCACCCCGUCGAGUGUUGCAGCGGAGGAGACAUAGCGGACAAUACAUCGGCUUUUCUCCUUCUCAUUUAUACCCUUCUAGACGGCAGUACAUCGUGGAAAAGUGCGUUUGUUUUAUCGGGGGAAAAAAGGCUUUUUUCGGACUUUCUGUCUCACGGUUUCGUUUGGAGAUAGUGUGCAGUCUCAUAUCUGUGCUCGGGAAAGACGGAGGCGUGAAAGAGAGUGCUGCUGGAAAACUUUUUCGCAAGGGUGAAGAAAUAGGGAUCUGUUGUCUUCUUGAACACGUCGACGUGAAGGCGAAAAGUUCGGGAUGUCUCUCUCGGUACCCCAGAACGGUGUAAAGGGGGAUAAUGAACCCAUUAUCGAGCUUUUUGUGAAGGCGGGCAGUGAUGGAGAGAGUAUUGGUAACUGUCCAUUUUCUCAGCGUCUCUUCAUGAUCCUGUGGCUAAAGGGUGUGGUCUUCAAUGUCACCACUGUGGACCUGAAGAGAAAACCAGCUGAUCUGCAGAAUCUGGCCCCAGGAACCCACCCUCCCUUCAUCACCUUUAAUGGAGAUGUCAAGACAGACGUCAACAAGAUCGAAGAGUUCUUAGAAGACGUCCUCUCCCCGCCAAAGUACUCCAAACUUGGUGCCAGGCACCCAGAAUCCAACACUGCAGGCAUGGAUAUAUUCGCCAAGUUUUCUGCUUUCAUCAAAAACUCCAAACCUGAUGCCAACGAGGGAUUGGAAAGGGGUCUGCUGAAGACCUUGCAGAAAUUGGAUGAGUACCUGUGCUCCCCUCUGCCGGACGAGAUUGACCACAACAGCAUGGAGGAGAUGAAGGCCUCUACACGCAAGUUCCUAGAUGGUGAGGAGAUGACACUGGCUGACUGCAAUCUGCUACCCAAACUCCACAUAGUCAAGGUGGUGGCAAAGAAGUAUAGAGGCUUUGCGAUUCCUAAUGACAUGACGGGCAUCUGGAGGUACCUAAACAACGCCUACAAGCGCGAGGAGUUCACCAACACGUGUCCCAGCGACAAGGAGAUUGAGAUUGCCUAUGUUGACGUAGCCAAACGGCUUGUCAAAUAAUGGCUGUUGUUGUCCUCCACUCCCCUCCCUGCGCUGGGACUGUUUAUUUUCCAUCACACGAGAGAGAGAGAGAGAGAAUACAAGCUAUUGACUCCUUUUUUUUUCCUUCUCUUUUUAUUUAGACUAAAUACCCAAUGCAUGAUUUUCCCCUUUCCCAUUGCAGUUCUUUAGGAUAUUUCAUUUAUUGUCAGUACAGCCAGAGAGGCCAUCACACUUCAAUAUUUCGGUCUUUUUUCUUUUCUUUUUUUUCUUAUUUUAAGUGUUAAAGCAGGAAAUGCCAGAUACUGUUGUUGUAUCCAUGGCUAAUAGAGUGUGUGCUUGUGUGUGCUAGACAUGCACACAUAUCUAAUCUUUUCACCCACACUAUGUAGCAAUAACAGUGUGGGUCCACCAGCCAUUUGUUUUAUUGAGGAUUUAAAAUAUGAAAAACAAAAAUGCUUUUUCUAAGCUUGCAAGCUUAAUACUUAUGAAGCAGUUUCUUAUUUGUUUCUGGCUAUAUGCAUAUGAACAGUGUUGAAAGCUCCAGUGUUUAUUUUCAGAGAGUCUUAGAACAGUGUAGCACUCUGGACCCACAUAAUUCUCCAAAUGAUGUUUGAGAUGAAGUACAUAUGUUUAAUGUUAAUAUGUGAAAGUAAACACUUAAAUAUGAAGUCCAUAUCAUAUACAAUAGUUGUCAGUUGUUUGCAGAAAUGGCACCUUACAUAUCAGGUAGUACAUACUGUAGUGAAUUUGUUGAAGCACCUGUUGCCUUUUGAUGAAGGAAAGACCUCUUUAACAGUGACUAUAGAUAUAUGAAGGUAUUCUGUAGAUCUGCCUUAUUCACUCUAGCAUAAUUAUUUAAAUUUGAAGAGUGCUGCACCAUCCUAACUGCAUCCCAUGGCAUGGAAAAACAUGAAAAGAAAAACCUGUGUAGCUCGAGGUAGAAUUACAUUUGCAUUCACAUGAAGUGUCCUUAACAAUACUUGUGAAUAGUAGCAAAACAUGAUUUUAAGGAUAUGGUGAAGUAGACCAGGGGCAUCUCAUUUAAAGAUUGGUUGGGAUUUAAUAAUUUUGAAAGGGUACGAGAUAUCAAAGGAAGCCACACAGCAGGAUUAGUAAAGUUAGUUUGUUUUUAAAGGCUCAGAGUUUUUUUUAUGUUAAUACAGAGCUGUUGUGAAUGUAAACAGAUCUUAAACUGGGUAAUUAGUUUUAUUUGGAGAAAGAUAAAAUGAAAGAAAUUGGGUGCCAUAAUUAUUAUUUUGUAAAGUAUAAUAAAUAUAAUUUCGUUUUCAGAGAUUAACAUAUACAUUCAUGAACUGAAUGUAGCAGAAAGACUUUUAAUGACACCUCUGGCCUUAUACGUUUUCUCAAGGUAGCAGAACAAUGUAUCAUUCAGCUUUACAUACAACUCCAAUACAACAUAUAAGGAAAAAGACAGCCUUGACAUUCAAAAAGAGAUGGCAAAGAGGAAAAAAAUGGUUUGGCAGGAUGUGAGUUGCUGCGCUGUAGGAAAAAAAAAAAAAAAAAGUUUGGUUGUAGGUCUCGAGGAGGCUUGUUUUUUUAAUGCUUCUGCUUGUGCAAAUCCAAUAAUGGAGAAGAUGGUUGUGUCAAAUUCAGGUGGAGUUUUUUGUUCAGCCUAUCCAGUUCAUUUUGUGUUUAGUGCAGGAGAAAAUUGACACCUUAAUAGUUGGACCAGGGGAAGACCAGAAAAAUAUUUCUAAUAAAAUGGAGUUUUUUGUUGUUUGUUUGUUUUUUGAGAAAUGGAGAAAGAGCUGCUCCCUCCAUACUUUUCCCUCCAUGUUUUACUCUUGAGAAACUGAAUGUUAGUACUUUGUGCUCUGCGUGGCUUUUUGUAUGAACCUGUGUGUGUGAACAAGAAACCGGUUUCACAUUAACUACAAAAACACUGCAUGAUUGCCAUAUGCCAUAGCACUCUCAUUAAAUAAACUUCUGGCAGCUAUAUUACAUUUUUUGUUUGGUUAUUCU